AUGUCUCAUUAUAAUAUUGAACCAGUCAAUUUUGUAAAUAACCACAGUAGACAUAAAAAUAAUGUUAAGGAAGGAUAUUUGUAUAAAAAUAAUUUAUUAAAAGAACAUAUGAAUAAAAUGGAAAGCUCUAAAAAUUGUAUUAUGAUGCCUUUAAUAAAUAAGCCUUCUCAUAGUCAAAAUAAUUGUUCAAUGAAUGGAAUAAAAUCAACAUUAAUAAAUUAUAUAAGUGAUGAAAAUAUAAAUGAAGUAAAAUCAAAUUACGAAUUUGAGUAUCGAAAUAAAAUAAUAGAAGUUCCAGAAUUAAAAUUUGUAGACAAAAUUGUAUAUGAUCCAGUAAUUAUUGAAAAGAUAAAAUAUGUUCCUAAAGAUGUUAUAAAAUAUAAUAUCAUAAAAAAACCUGUAAUAAAAAACAUAGUAACUGAAAAAAAAGUGGAUAUUCUUCAAGUGAAGGAAAAAAUUAGUUUUAAAGAUAAAGAAAUUGUAGAAGAAGUGUAUAAUUAUGUUCAUAAAGAUUUAAACACAAAAUGUUAUGAAGCACAAUCUGAUAAUGAAAUUUAUAAAGAUUUAAAAAAAAAAAAUUAUAUAGGACAAAAUCAUUUAUUACCAAAUAAUAUAAAUAUAAUGGAAAAUAAUAAUGAUUGUACAUAUAAACAAGCUAAUAAUAUUACACAUUUAUUAGAACCUUUUGGACCUCAAAUCGAUAUUGAAGAAAAUAAAAUAAUAGAAAAUGUAUUUGUACCGAAUGUAGAAAAAGUAAUAGAAGUAAAUAAACAAAUUGAUAUACCAAUAAAUUUACCAGUACCAUAUAUUGUACCAAAACCUAAAAUUAUUGACGUAGAUGUUCCAGUUUUUAAAUUUAAUGAUAAAUAUAUACCUGUACCUGUAAGUAAAAAAAUAAUACCCAAAAUUACAUGGACCGAUAAAACUUAUCAAGUAGAUUGUUUAAUAGAAAAGCCAUAUUUAGUAUAUCACAAUAUAAUUAAAAUGAUACCCGUAGAUUCCAAAAUCACUGUUCAAGAAUAUCCAAAAGGAAUAAAAAAAAUAAAUCCAGAAGAAUUAUAUGAAGUAGAUAAUUUGGCAUUAUGGAUGAGAGUUAAUGCAGACUUAAAACAAGAACACGAUCAAUUGAAAAAUGAAAAAUAUGAAAAAUAUGAAAAAUAUGAAAAAAAUAAGAAAAAUGGAAAAGAACAAAUGGAAGAACUAGAUGAUAAUAUAUCAUCUGAUCAUACUUGUGAAUGUUCAGAAUCAUAUGAAACAUAUGGAAAAUUAUCAAAUGAAGAAUUUAAUUCAUCAAACGAAGAUACUACAAUCAAAUCGUCUAAUGAAAACAUAUUGGAUACAUUACCAUUACAUCCUGGACAUCCUUUAGAAUUUAUUCAUUUACAAAACAAAUGGAUAAAUCAAGACACUACCAAUAUUCCUGAUAUGUAUGAUCAAAAAUAUCUAGAUGCUCACAGAAAUGCUGUAUUUAAUUUAACUACACAAGUGCCUAGAGAAGUAGAAAUAGAGGCUAAACAACUUUUGCAUAUUCAAAAAAAAUUGCAGCAACAGGAAAUAUUAUGA